CUGUUUCCUGUUUCAGACCAGUUUCCCUGCGACACUUCACUUCAUGUGAAAAACUCUGAAACAUGGACGUUCUGACGCUGGUUCUGCUCCUGAGCUUCAGCCGCGUGUCUGGUUUCCUCAUCACUGUCGCCCCCUGGAGGUUUUGUCUGACGACACAAAGUCAGGUCAUCGUCCUGGGACGGUGUGAUGUCACUAACCCCGCCCACCAGUGGGCGUGGACAGGUGGGGGCAGACUGGUCCACACUCAGUCCUCCAGGUGUCUCUGGGCCAAUGGGAGCCCUCAGCUGCCCCCCCACACCCGCCUCACCAAACUCAGCGACUGCAGCGGAGCGCCGGGGUGGAGCUGCUCCGAGGGAGCGUUUGGAUUGGCUGAGACACACAUGUACCUGAAGAAGCUCGGGUCACGCGUGGUGGUUGAAGGAAACCUGCAGGUGUCAGGGUGGAGGAAGUACGAUGUGGACGCAGAAGGAAACGAGCUGCUGACGUCGUUAUGUCCUGACACAGACUCCACCCUCUUCUAUUCGUCCACACGUGAACCGCAACGACUCAGCAGCUCAGCCAGACGUCCUGCGACCACAGAAUCAUCACACAACCACAUAGUCAGCGGAUGUGUUACCGCCCCAAACAUCACAGACUCACAUGUCACUGACUCACAUGUCACAGACUCACAUGUCACUGACUCACAUGUCACAGACUCACAUGUCACUGACUCACAUGUCACAGACUCACAUGUCACUGACUCACAUGUCACCUCACUGUCUGCCUACAUGUCGCAGCCUUACAUGUCACGCCACUGUCACUGCCCUCACAUUCACAUGCAUGCUCAGCCGCUCAUGUCACAGACCCACAUGUCACUGCCCCAUGUCACUGCCACAUGUCACUGA